CACCAGCGCACAUGCUCAGAAAGGAACCGAUCGACCCAUUGAAGGCGGGAGGCCGGAAUCCUCUUCCGCUGGGUGUGGCUAUCUAGUAGGGUUCAGACGGCGUUGUGCCGAUUCCUCGACUGCCCUGGUAAGUUGGAAACUGGCUCUUCACAGACCAAGCUACAGAAGGAAAUCUAAGGCGGCGUCUGACCUUCAGCGCGGCCUAGCAGCCAUGUCGCUAUUGUCCUUGGUAAUGCCUGCCCUUUGGGUCUAUUUUAUCGGCUUCCGCGUCGUCCUGGAGCAGCUGUUUCGACGCCUCCGUCCGCGUUCCGUUUCCAAAACAGGUGCUCAUUAAUGAGUGAAGAAUCAAAAGGUUGGGACAGUGGAUAAAAAGCAAUGGAGAAUAAAACUUUGGAAACUUCCCCAUCAGACCUAAAGUUAGUGGCCCACCCAAGAGCAAAGAGUAAAGUAUGGAAGUACUUCGGCUUUGAUACCAAUGCAGAGGGAUGUAUAUUACAAUGGAAGAAGAUCUACUGCCGCAUUUGUAUGGCACAGAUUGCCUAUUCAGGAAAUACAUCCAACCUCUCUUACCAUCUUGAAAAGAACCACCCAGAUGAAUUUUGUGAAUUUGUGAAAAGCAACACUGAGCAAAUGAGAGAGGCGUUUGCAACUGCAUUUUCAAAACUGAAGCCUGAAUCAUCUCAGCAGAUUGUUCAGGACAACUUAAUUAUGAAAACAAGUCACAAUUAUGAGAAUAAAAAGCAUCAAGAGCUGACCUCAGCAGUGAUUAGUUUAAUCUGUGAAGGGUUACAUCCUCCAUCUAUUGUGGAUGAACCCACAUUUAAGAGUCUCUUAAGAACAGCUGACCCCAGAUAUGAACUUCCUUGCAGAAAGUACUUCUGCACAAAAGGAAUUCCUGAAAAAUAUGUUGCUGUUAGAGAGAUUGUGUUAAAAGAAUUGGCAGACAUUCCAUGGUGUGGCAUAUCAACUGAUAUAUGGAGAAGUCAUAGCCAGAAUAGAUCCUAUGUAACAUUGUCUGUUCAUUUUCUUAGUAAUAGUUCUUCUGGCAGCUUGGCUAUUAAUUCUCGUUGCCUAAAAACAUUUGAAAUGCCAGAAGAAAACACUGUUGAGACAAUUACAAGAGUCCUGUAUGAGAUAUUCAUUGAAUGGGAAAUCAAUACCAAAGUUUUUGGGGCUACUAUGGAUAAUGGGAAAGAUGUAGUGAAAGCUUGCUCUCUUUUGGACAUUUCAGUACAGAUGCCUUGCUUAGGUCAGACUUUCAAUGCGGGUAUACAGCAAGCUUUUCAGCUUCCUAAAUUGAAUAGUGUCCUAUCUAGAUGUCGAAAACUGGUGGAAUAUUUUCAGCAGUCUACAAUAGCCACGUACAUGUUGAGUGAAAAGCAGCAACAGCAGAACAGUUUGCACUGCAUGCUUGUGAGUGAUCGUGUUUCUUGGUGGGGCAGCACACUUGCCAUGCUGCAACGUCUUAAAGAGCAACAGUUUGUCAUUGCUGCAGUACUUGUGGAAGAUAGCAAUAAUCACCACCUGAUGCUGGAAGCUAACGAAUGGAAUACAAUUGAAGGGCUGGUGGAUUUACUUCAGCCAUUCAAACAGGUAGCUGAGAUGAUAUCUGCUUCCAAGUACCCAAGAAUAAGCAUGGUGAAACCUCUUCUUCACAUGCUGUUAAAUACAACAUUAAGUAUAAAAGAAAAUGACUUAAAAGAAAUAAGCAUGGCAAAGGAAGUGAUUGUCAAGAAAUUAUCAGCAACAUACCAGCAUAAUCCUGAGAUAGACAUGUUUCUCAAUGUUGCAACUUUCUUAGAUCCAAGAUACAAGAAAUUGCCCUUUCUUUCGACAUUUGAAAAACAACAGGUUGAGAACAGAGUGCUGGAGGAAGCAAAAAGUAUCCUGGAAAAAAUAAAAGACAAUAUUUCAAGGCCUGAAGAAAAAAUGUUUGCAGUGUCAGAAGAGCCACCAGUGAAAAAGGUGGCAAUUGCUUCCACGCCUCCUCCUCCUAGUGCUAUCAAUAAUAUGCUUGCAGAAAUCUUUUGCCAGACAGGGGGUGUUGAAGAUCAAGAGGAGUGGCAUGCUCAGAUUAUUGAGGAACUGAGUAAUUUCAAGUCACAGAAAGUCCUUGGCCUCAGUGAAGAUCCACUCAAGUGGUGGUCUGAUAGAAUUGCUUUGUUUCCUUCUUUGCCAAACGUGCUUCGGAAAUACUGGUGCAUUGCAGCUACAAGGAUCUUUCCAGAACGUCUUUUUAGUUCUUCAGCCAAUGUUGUUAGUGCUAAAAGAAAUCGGCUAGCCCCAGCUCACGUAGAUGAGCAGGUUUUUCUGUAUGAGAACACUCAUAGUGGAUCUGAAGCUGAACCUGAUGAAGAGGAUGAAGGAGAGUGGGGAUUGGAACAGGAUCAUAUGACUAAUUCAAGUGACACAGCAAAUGGGAGCAGCAAUUUUUUAAAUAUGCAUGAUAAUGGCUUCAUGUAGAAGCAAUAGACUUUCAGACAAAAGCUAAUGGUUUUAAAUUACCAAACAAAAAAUAAUAAUUUUUAAAAAUGUACAUAUUGAAGAACUUCACCAUAGGCAGGUUUUGUAUGUGGAAAUACAUGGUUGUGAUUUGUGAUUCAAGAACAUAAACUGGCAUAAAAGUUAUGAAUAUAGAGUCAAGAAAAGAUACAGAUAUAUUUUAUCACUGAUUUAGAAAUAGGAUGUAUAAAUAGUAAUUUAUAAGCAGGUGGUUAGUCACCUGCUAUACAAUCUCUUUAAACCAGGGGUGUCAAACUGCCAGCCCACGGGCCGGAUGCAUCAUGGCGAAACCAUGCCCACCCCCUUGCCGGCAAUGGAAAAAAAGUCACAAUAUGUCGUGACACGUCACAUGAUGUUGCGAGUUUGACACCCCUGCUUUAAACAAUAUUUUCAGCAAAUAUAUGACUUAAGGUCAAUAUGCAAAGUGUUUUUGAUGUAGGAUUUUUGAUUUUUAAAAGUUUUGAUUUAAAUGUUCACACAUUUAAAUAUUUAAAGCUUUUUAAAAGUCAAAUUAUCGGAUUAAUUACGUAAAGGAUCUAAUGUUUAAUAGAUUCAUGUGUUAUUUCUGAUAACCAGAUUAUUUCUUUGUUGUUAAGUGUCCUAAAAUAGAAAUGUUAGGAUUUUUAUUUUUAUCUGAUUAUAGUGAAAUCUUGGCAUAUGUACUGGGAAUGCUACGCUACAAUGCAGCCAUAGGAACCUGUAGACUUUUAGAUGUAGCUGAAAUUUAAUAUUCUUUUCAGGAGCUCCAUAUUGUGUUUGUUAUAAGGAAUAAUGAUAGAGCAAUGUUGUCAUCUGUACUAUAAACUGAAUGUAACCUUUCCAAGAUUAAUAUAAUGGCAAGAAAUAUUAAAUUGAUCUAUCACCAAAUCAA